AUGUCAGCAGCUAAUCGCUAUCAUUUUGAAGUCGUUAUGACUUGUGUAGGAUGCUCCAACGCCAUAAGCCGUGUUUUGACCAGAAUGGAACCUGAUGUGUCAAAUAUAGAGAUAUCGCUUGAAAAACAAACUGUCGAUGUCGAAAGCGUUCUCCCUUUGGACACAGUUUUGGAAAAGAUUAAGAAAACAGGCAAAGAAGUUAGGAAAGCCGAGAGGCUUUGA